AUUUCGAACCUUGAUGUUCAUUAAUUCGCAUUUCUAAUACAGAAAACUCGGCAUCAGAAGUUCCUUAUAAAAGUUCCCGUCUCCAAGAAGCACAAUGGUCUCUUCUACCUUCUUCAUCAUGAAUGGCAUGAAGAACCCUCCGCUUAUCACCUAUUCAGAAGAGCUUCGAGAUGGCGAGCCAAUGAUUUCCUCAUCAAAUUGCCUUCCUGUCAAAGCCUUAAAAUACGAACCUGCAGGCCAUGCAUUUCAUUCGGCCGCACUUAAACUUCUCGGAUACUAUGAAGAAGACGAAACAGACACAGAUGAACAGAGCGUAUUGUCCGAUGACCGAAAUCAAUCAUAUAUGCCGUCGUCAGAUUUCUACAGCAACAAAGCGAAAAAGAAGAAAUCUGGUUCCGGUGACAAGCAACAAGAUCAUUAUGCACUGUUAGGGUUAGGGCAUUUGCGUUUUCUAGCCACCGAGGAGCAGAUACGUAAAUGUUACCGCGAGACUGCCUUGAAAUAUCACCCCGAUAAGCAGGCUGCUCUUCUUCUGGCCGAAGAAACAGACGCCGCCAAACAAGCGAAGAAGGAUGAGAUCGAAAACCAUUUCAAAUCCGUUCAAGAAGCAUAUGAGAUUCUAAUAGAUCCUAUAAAGAGAAGGAUCUAUGACUCCACGGAUGAGUUCGAUGAUGAAAUUCCCACCGAAUGCGAACCACAGGACUUCUUCAAGGUAUUCGGCCUAGCAUUCUUGAGGAAUGCGAGGUGGUCUGUAACUCAGCCUGUUCCCUCUUUAGGGGAAGAGAAAACUGUAAUGGCUGAAGUGGACAGCUUCUACAACUUCUGGUAUGGUUUUAAGAGUUGGAGAGAGUUCCCUCAUGCAGAUGAGUUCGAUCUGGAGCAGGCCGAGUCCCGUGAUCAUAAACGAUGGAUGGAGAGGCAGAAUGCGAAGCUUAGAGAGAAAGCGAAGAAAGAAGAAUAUGGACGUAUUCGGGCUCUGGUUGACAACGCAUAUAAGCGGGACCCUAGAAUUCUUCGGAGAAAGGAGGAGGAAAAGAUCGAAAAGCAAAGGAAAAAGGAGGCGAAGUUGCUGGCGAGGAAAUUGCAGGAGGAAGAGGCUGCGAGGGCUGCCGAAGAAGAAAGACGCUGGAAAGAAGAGGAGGAGAAAAGAGCAGCUGAA